GCUCGCAUUCUCAAAGAUGGCGAAGCUCAGCAAUCGCUACGCUGGCUCUUCGUGAUGUUCUAGCGACAAAAUGCGGAUACAGCAAGUCCCACGUUCCGCGAAUAUGACAGACGAAGAACUAAAGGAGAACUUGAGCCUUCAGUUGGCUGAAAUCGAGAUGCUGACGAGCAUGUAUCCGGGUAACGACGAAUUCAAACUGCUCAGUCCGGCGGCCGUGAGCGAGUUUCAAGACUUCAUCGACGGUAAAACGAGUUCUGUUCAGACAUCUCUAGAUAUAAGCUUCAAGAUUGCGACUGAAUCGGGAGCUAUUGAUCUCGAAGCUCGACUACCGCAUAGCUACCCUUCCACGCCCCUGGAAGUGACAGCAAUUACAGUACGAAGCGAGAGCUUGGACAAGACUGGUCACAGUGCCUUAACCAAAGCGAUCUCCGACUUCCUGUCAACGCAGCCUGUUGGAUGUCUCGCAGUUAGCCAAGCCGUAGAGUGGACCCGCACAAACUUUCCCGAGUACCGCUCGAAAGCAAGUGGUGAGGCAGCCUCAACAGCAGAAGCAGAAGUACGGUCGUUUACGAGACUUUGGAUAGUUAGUCACCACAUCUACAACAAGAACAAGCGACGGCUGAUCCUCGAGUGCGGGACGCAAGGUUCCCUGUCUGGAUUCUGUUUGCCCGGCAAACCUGGAAUCAUCUGCUUCGAAGGACCAUCCAGCGAAUGUUUAGAAGCGUGGUCCGUCAUCAAAAACCAGACUUGGCAAAGGAUUGGUCUCAAGCAUCAGGAAGAGCUCCUGGUCACUGAGGGACAGUCCGUUGACAGCCUUCGAAAGUUUCACAAGUUUGCCGAGCUAGCCUUCAAUACCAAGCAAAAUGCCAGCAGGGACCAUCACAUGGACAUGGGGGAAUUUCUUAAGUUCUUAAAAGAGCGUAAUUGUGAUGAUAUUUUCGAAAUACUUUUUGGUAUUGAAACGAAACAAAGAUAACAAGUGAAAUAUGAAUUGCUAUUUUUUUUACGAAGAAUACGGCCAUUAAAAGAAUGACAAACCGGACCAUGCAUACAUCGUGUGAAAAAAGAUUUUACACCUGUGCACUACGCGUGGCUUGCGGGUCAUAGUACCAUACUGGUUAUUUUACGCAUUCGUAGCGCGCAGCAAAUUCUGUAGAGCCACGUGCAUGCUGCAUAAGGCACAUGCUCAGCAGCCAGGCCACCAUAAUAGCCGUUAAUGAGACGUCAAUGCAAGCCAUGCACGGUCCCCGAAAGGACGAAAACGAGAGGUUGGUCCUCUGGCCUUUUCACCUCUAAAACGAGCUUCCUGCCUUAGAUAUUGCGUCGGCGUUAUGAGCCUCGAGCUUACACGCGGAGCCAAAGCACGACGGAAGUCGUCGACCACUUGCUGGAGCACCCGAGAGACAAUCUGCCGUUCUCAUUCUGUCCGGGAGUUUAGUUGCACACAACGUUGAACGUAUUGUCGCGAAAGGAUUACGCGAACUUGUUGCCAU